AUGGCUCAGCCAAAGAGCGUCUAUCGUCUUUCUUGCAAGCUCAACUUGCUCCCAAAUGCGAAGGGUCCUGCUUUUACUCUCAGCGAAGACGGCUCGUAUGCGGAGCUAUGGGUCGGUACUCAUCCCAACGCACCUUCCGACCUCUUCGCCUCCACCUUCUCUCCCGUACCAGAUGUCUCCGUCUCACUCCAGUCCAUUCUCUCCUCUCACCCGGACCAACUUCUUGGAUCAGCCUUACUCAAAAAAUGGCCAGGCGUUCACCAGCUCCCGUAUCUCUUCAAAGUUCUCUCUAUCGCCAAAGCCCUCCCGCUGCAAGCCCACCCCGACCGUAAACUCGGAGAGCAGCUGCACAAGAAAGAUUCAGAGAGCUACGUUGACGAAAAUCAUAAACCGGAGAUCGCUGUGGUUAUUGGAGAACCGGGAGCGGCGGAGUGGAUCCCUUUCGGCGGUAAGGAGGAUAAAGUUGGGUUCACGGGGUUCGUUGGGUUCAGGCCGUUCGAGGAGAUUGUGGAGUUCGUCACAAAGGUGCCGGAACUUAUCAUUGCUAUUGGAAACAACGAUGCUGUCGCGGCAUUCGUCUCUAAUCCGACGAAGGAAACCCUGAAGGACGUCUGGAGUAGCCUUCUCGAGCGAGGGAAGAACGAGACGGAAGCGGUCAGUGAGCAGGUGAAGACCCUGGUGAAGAGGCUGAAGAGUACCGGGAAGGUAAACGAGUUUAGGGAUGCGAGGCCGUAUGCGAGGUUGUUGGAGAAAGUGGAUGAACAGUACAAGGGAGAUGUCGGAGUGCUGGCUACUACGUUCUUCAUGAACUUUGUGCAGCUGAAGCAAGGAGAAGCGAUCUGGAUUCCAGCGGAUGAGGUGCAUGCGUACCUCGAGGGUGAUAUCAUCGAGUGCAUGGCUACCUCCGACAACGUCGUCAACGCCAGCUUCGCCCCGCCCGAAGCUCGCGACGUCCACACCUUCUCUUCUAUGCUCACAUACUCCGCUCAUCCUUGGACACACUGGUCACUCCCCCAUAAACCCUACAAACACAGCACACGCGGUCUAACACAUGCCUAUGCCCCUCCUCUUCCUGAAUUCAUCGUCCUCGGCACCAACCUCGAGAGCGGUAAGGAGACAGAAGUUCUUGGUAAGGUGGAUGGUCCGACAUGCGGUAUUGUCACGGAUGGAGCAGUCGUUUUGAGGGUUGAAGGCGAGGAAGCGAUGGAGCUGGAGAGAGGGACGGUGGUGUUUGUGGCACCUGGGAAGGAUAUCGAGGUGACGAGUAAGUUCUGGAGUGUAAUUGUACGAUACAAUAGUCAGGAUCUCUACAAGAAGAGGUGGAAGGCCCUGUCGGCUCAACGUUAA